AUGAUACAGAGAAGAAGGAAAUUCGCAACCACUUUGAGCCGAGCUAUCAGCCAGUGCUGGGUGGUGUUUGGAUGUGAUGAUUUGAAUGUGCGUGUUUACAACUAUAAUACAGGAGAAAAAGUGAAGCAGUGGAAAGGCCACGACGAUUUCAUCCGCGGACUCGACGUGCACGAGACCCUUCCCUACAUCUUAACGUGCGGAGACGACAUGCUGAUCAAGAUGUGGGAUUGGGACCACGAUUUCCAAAUGGUGCGCCGCUUCGAGGGCCAUUCCUACUAUAUCAUGGCAGUCAAAUUCAAUCCCAAGGACAACAACUACUUCGCGUCCGUUUCUCUCGACCGCACCAUCCGGAUGUGGUCGAUCAGCAACUCGCGUCCGUACUACUCGAUGGAGGGCCAUUCGAAGGGCGUGAAUUGCCUGGACUUCUACCCCGGAAACGACAAACCGUACCUAGCCACCGGCAGCGACGACUGCACCGUGAAGAUCUGGGACUACCAGACCAAGACGUGCAUCCAGACGCUCUCUGGCCACGAGGACAACCUCACCGCGGUGAAGUUCCACCCGCGCCUGCCGUAUUUGCUGAGCAGCGGCGAGGACAACAAGGUCAUCAUCUUCCACAGCGGCACCUACCGUCGCGAGCGCGUGAUUCUGCAGCCCUCGCUGGACCGUGCGUGGAGCAUCGGCCUGAGCAGCCACAACAACCACGUGGUGCUAGGCUACGACGAGGGCUACUGCGUCUACACGAUGGGCCGAGCCAGUCCCGCGGUGAGCAUGGACGCGCAGGGCCGCGUGGUGUGGAGCGUGCGGCAGGAGAUGUGGCAGAGCGUGGUGGACGGGAAGCAGCUGGACGCGUCGAGCGUGCUGAAGGGGCAGGAAGUGGCGGUGGCGACGAAGUCGCUGGGGCGGUGCGACGUGACGCCGUCGGUUGUGAGCCACAGCAGCACGGGGCGGUUCUUGGCGGUGGUGGGAGAGGGCGAGUACGUGGUGUACACGAGCCGCCAGCUGCGCAGCAAGGCGUACGGCGAGGGCAUUAACUUCGUGUGGCGGCCGGGGAGCAACGACUACUGCGUGCAGAUCAACGAGAACACGCUGCGAUUGUACUCCGAGUUCAAGGAGGCGCGCGUGCUGCAGAUGGCCUCGCGCAUCACCGGGCUCUGGGGCGGCGCCUGCCUGGCCGUGGGCUGCAACGGCGAGUUCGUGGCGUUCUACGACUGGGCGACCGGGCAGCUGGUGCAGCGCGUGGACGGGAACAUCCGCGGACUCAGCUGGAGCGACGACGGGCAGUUCGUGGCGCUGCACUCGGCGCAGGCGUCCUAUCUGCUGGAGUUCCACGCGGACCGCAUGGCGGCGCAUCUGGGGGAGAGCGCGGCGGGCGUGGAGGGCUGCCUGGAGGUGCUGAGCGAGCUGGACGGGAGCGAGCAGAGCGGCGUGUGGUACAAGCACGCCUAUCUGUUCGUGAGCCAGAACAAGCUGCAGCUGGUGCGCGGCGAGCACACCGAGAAGCUCGCGUUCGUGCCUUCCCAGCGGUUUCUGCUGCGCUACAUCCCCUCCAUGGACCUCGUUUUCUUCGCGGACGCGCGCUGCGCGCUCUUCGGCUACUCGCUCGACCACGCGCUCCUCGACUACGAGUGCGCCGUCGUCGACCAGGACUUCGAGCUGGCCAACCAGCUCCUCCCCGCGGUGUCCCCCGCGCAGUACGACCGCGUGGCGCGCUUCCUGGACGUGCAGGGCUUCCCCGAGAGCGCCGUGCUGCUCGCGCAGGACCCCGAUCUCCGCUUCGAGCUCAACCUCCAGCUCGGCAACAGCGAGGCUUGCCGCGACCUGCUCGCCUCCACGCUGGCGGAUCGCGACCGCACGGACACGUACAAUCCGCAGCGCUGGCGCCGCCUGGCCGAGCUGUACAUCGCGCAGGGCCGCAUCGACAUGGCCGAAACCUGCGCGCAGCACGCCGGUGACCUCGCGUUCUCCCUCCUCCUCCUCUCCUGCCUCGGCGAUCGCGCCGGGUUGCGCGCGUUGGCCGAGGCCGCGCAGCGCGGCGGGCAGCUCAACGUCGCGUUCCUGGCGCUGUAUCUGGCGGGAGACGCCAUGGCGUGCCUGAAGCUGCUGCAGGAGGAGGGCAAGCUGCCCGAGGCGGCGUUCUUCUCGCUGUCGUACGUGCCGUCGCAGGCGCACGCGGCGUUCACGCUGUGGCGCGAGAAGCUGCGCGCGGAGAAGCACAUCGCGGCGGAGCUGCUGGCGGAUCCGGCGAUGUACGGGUCGUUCUUUGCGGGGCUGGAGAAGGCGCUGGCGCUGGAGAAGGCGCUGGAGCCGCUGCGGAGAAUGAACGUGGCGGCGGAGGAGUACGCGAAGUACCGCGAAAUGAUCGAGGGAGAAGGACUGCACUUGAAGGAUCUGCGAGUUGUGAAGGAGGAGGAGGAAGAGGAGGAGGACCAGGAGGAAGAGGAGAAGAAGGAGGCAAAGAAGGACGGGAAGGGAGAGGAAACGGUGGAAACGACGAACCAAGAGGGUGAAGGAGAAAUGGGAAAAUUGAACCAAGAAGAACAAAAUGCUGAGGGUGAAGUGCAAGAGGCUGAGGGUGAAGCUGAAGAAGCUGAAGAAGCUGAGGAAGCUGAAGAAGCUGAAGAAGCUGAAGAGACGUUGGAUAAUGAGGAAAAAGAGGGGAAUUUUGGACAAAUGAGUUCACCGAAUAUAGACGAAGAGUUUGGGGAGCUGCUGGAGGGAGACACGCUGCCGCAGGAAGGGGACGAGGGGGAAGAAGGAGAUAUCGAUAUAGAGGACCUCGAAAGAGAGUGGAGUCAGUGAGUUUUGAGU